UGGGUUCCUCAAUAAAGAAAAGAAACGGAGGCGGCAUGCUGAUGUAGAUCUCUUACAAAAUCUAGAGUAGCGGCGGUGGCAUGCUGACUGUACAUCUUCUACAACUCUAUAUGAGCGGAUUCUCUGUGUGUGCAGCCUGGUGCUCUGUAUCCUGCGAACCAACAAGAGCAGCAGCACAAGGCAAACAAAGUGAAGAUGCUGCAGAUACGGCUCAACAGGGGAAAUGGAUCGGAGGAGGGAGGAGGCGGUAGAGCCCCUUCUACCGAUAAUGUCACUGUCUCCUGCCCCGACCACCUCGUGCUGGCGGACCUGCUCGUGGCCAAAGGCCUCGGUCUCUCCUCACUUUCCAAUGUCAAACUCCUCAAGACAGUCGGUCGCAAACGCAGGAGGCGCCCUGGGGACAAGAUCCACAUCUGCCUUUGCUGUGAUUUCCCCAUUGCUAUCUAUGGCCGACUUAGUCCUUGUGAGCAUGCCUUUUGCUUAACGUGUGCAAGGAGCGAACCCAGCUGUUACCUGUGCGAUGAGAGGAUUCAGAAGAUACAAACAAUAAAAAUGCAUGAUGGGGUAUUUAUAUGUGGGGCUCCACACUGUUGGCGGUCAUUUCUCAAGAGACCUGAUUUUGAGCAACACUUAAAAGGGGCACAUUUAGACUUAUUACAAACAGUGGUUCAAAAUGAAGACGUGCAUCAGAAGGACAAUAAAUCAAUAUUUCCAGACACUCAGAAUAAACAACCACAUGCAGAAUCUCAAGAACUUAGUCGCUCUAUAUCAGCACCUUUGCUUCAAGCUUCUCAACAAUCUCCAUUGAUGUUGCCUAAACAGAAGGGUUUCCUAGUCACCACAGCCACAUCUUUACCUGAAAAGCAACUUCAAGAUAUGCAGUCUACAGGAUUGGCUGUGUCACCAGCAUCAUCCCUGCCAGAAAAGUCACCUCAAUUCAUUCAGCCUAGAGGGUUACCACUGUCACAGGCAGUAUCUCCACUUGAAAAGCAGUCUCAACAGAAUCAAUCUCAAGGGUCAAUUCUGGGAGGAAGGUGCCAUGAUCAACAACAAUCGGAGCAUUGUAAUAAUCAAGUAAAUGCUAGUGCUGUCUCACAGCAGCAGAAUCAAGUUUGUGAAAAGCAUCCGAGUCAGUCUCUUCAAGAUAAUUAUCAAGGACAAUCCCAAGGUGAAAUACACCAAAUGCAUUCUGAAAUGGGAAAGCAGUAUUCUCAACAGCAAGAAAAUCAACAAACUGAUGGAUUUCAUCAAUAUAAUCUACCAUACCAAACAUUACUGCAAAGGCCUCCACCACCUCCACCUGCAAAUCCACCGUUUCUGAAUUACUCGUUUUCAAACUCUUAUCCUAUUCCACUAGGAGGACAGCUUCAGCAGUCAAAUCCUCACUUUGAUCCAAGAUUUGGUCCUGCUAUGAAUGGGGCAACAUUUCAAGCUACCAUGCAGGAAAACAACCAAAAAAUCCCAAUGCAAACUCCAGUUUUUCCCCAGACACAAGAUUAUUGCCAUAUAGGACAUGUUACAGGAAUUUCAGUCUUGGCUCAUGAGGGGGCAUCAACAAUUCCAGCACCGAAGGAAGGAUAUAUGCAUCAAGACAGGGUAGUCCCCUUUUCUCAUGUGCAGAGUGAUUUGGGGCAGGUACUGCCGGGUAUGCCAUUGCAACUGCCUCCACAAGGGACAGACAUGGGUUUUGAUCCAUCUAUGCACUACCAAGAUGGCAGUCAUGCUCCAGGAAUGCCUCCAUUACCAAAGCAUACAAACUAUCAGAACAACCCUGUGCAAGCAGAGGUUGCAGUAGACUAUGGAUUGAAUGGUGGGAUAACGAAUUUUGGAGGCCAUGGCUAUGUAAGCUGGCCAAGUCCUCAAAGUCACGCAUAAAAUCAUACUAAACAUGCUUCUUUUUGGGCCCAUUCAUGUACUUUGCUCCUAAUAUCUUAUGAUUCUAAUAAAGUGCCGUAGUACUUGAUUUUGGGUCAAA